AUGGCAUCGUUUUCUAUUGCUUCCUCAAAUGCAUUGCCUCAGGGAACACCGGCGACACUUUCCGGCCAUGACACAUCAACCGACUACAUGUUCAUGGCAGACCAGUUUCUUUUUGACGACCAGUUGGCCUCUUCCUUUUUAAUGCCGGGCAUGUUCGACUCGUUCGAUUGUAAUUUUGACCUAUCCGACCCCAAUUUCAUUUCCAAACUACCGGUGCCAGCAGACAAUGACCCCCCGUCGCUUCAGGAUUGUAUCCGCCCAAUCACAGACACAUCUUCUCUUGAAAUUAACAAAAACCAGUCGCGCCCCGUUGAAUACUUUGAAAACAGCUCAAUCGGAGAAAUGGGCGAUCUCAUUCUACCUCCGAUGAGCUCUGAUUCCGACCUAAAUGGCUAUUUUAGGGAGAAUUGGAAUGGCGCCGAUGCUACCUCCUCUAUGCAAUACCAAUAUCCUUUGUAUAGCCAUUCUACUGGCAACCUUAACAGGGCGUAUAACACACCGGCUUCAUAUGUAAACAUGGGUUCAAAACAAUAUUUUGGACAACCUCAAAUAUUCAGCGGACACCACCCGGUGAUGACGGGAGCACAGGGAGCUGCAGCCACCAUCAAGGUGCCGAUUUCCUCGCACAAGCCCAAUGUUCAAACAGAGAUCAAAAGAACCACACCGCUGAUGCUUCCCUUCCACCACAAAAAUGAUAACCGGAUCAUUCCGGUGCGGAAUUUUUCCGCACAACACCAAGUAGCAGCGGCCGCCGCGUAUUUGGCAUCUUCAGCCUCGUUCCCUCCACCCUCAAACAACGGAGUGUAUUCCCCAAACCACUCGUCCGGAUCGUUUGCCCAGACAUCUCCAUUUCAAAUAACCGUUUCCAUUGGGGACAUCCAAAGCACAAAAAAGGACUUUCUUAAAAGGGCAGAUGAAAUUGAUUAUUCAAAUGUAACUGUGGUCGAACUGAAAAACUUUCUUAGAGAAUUCCAUCAAGCGUCAGGCGGUAAAAAGGCCGAUUUAGUUGAGCGGAUUAGAUAUAUUUGCAAUUAUCUUCGAGGUGAAGAAGUCGCCAUCAGUGCAGCAUCUUCUUCUGUACAGAGCCAAUCGCCGCAAAUGAACGGGGGAUUAUAUUCAACCUCACCGCAGCUGCCAUAUAACAUUGGAAUGGCGUCAUCGCCGCAAUUUUUCUCUAACCCAAUCACAACAUUCUCGCAGCAAGCUGCAAACACAGCACACUCUUACUUUAAUUAG